CACUCAAAAGAGCCCUAACUUAGAAGUGAGAACCCAAACCCUCGAAUCCUCUCCAUUACUCAACUAAGAACCCUAAACUUUCGCAGCUCUCUCUCAGUUCGCAGCCCUCUUCAUCACUGAGAAGUGAGAAUCCAUCGUCAUCUUUCAGGUCGUAGCCCGCUCUCAACUUGCAACCCUUUAUCCCUCUUUUACAACUCUUGGAAACUUCAAUCGGUGCUGCCUCCGCCGGCGCACCCUCCAUCGGCGCGCCCUCCGUCGGCGUUCACUCUCGCUCGCAAGGCCUCCAUCAGCGCUCGUUCUCUCUUGCUCAAACCUUACCUCCGUCGACGCUGACUCAAUCGUCGCUGCCUCUCCCUCAAUCGUCGUUCCUCCCUCAAUCGGCGCUCAACCCUCACCAUAACACAAGAAGGUUUCAUGGGGAGAAUCAAGUAUGAUUCAAGCUGAAAGGUUAUUUUCCUGAACCCAAAGAACAAGGAAAUGUUGCUGGAGAACUUCAAGGAACAGCUUGCUUUGUCUGUGAGAAGCAUCCAGUGGAGCUAUGCAAUAUUCUGGUCUACUUCAUCUACCCAACCCUUGGUGUUGAGUUGGGGGGAAGGAUAUUACAAUGGAGACAUUAAGACAAGGAAGACAAGUCAAGGAGUGGAACUCAAUUCUGAUCAGAUAGGGUUGCAGCGGAGUGAGCAGCUUCGAGAGUUAUACAAGUCCCUCAAAGCUGUAGAAGCCAGCCCUCAAACCAAAAGGCGUUCAGCAGCACUGUCUCCGGAGGAUCUCACAGAUACAGAAUGUGAAGAGGCAGGUUGGGAUGUGGUAAUUACUUGCCAUAGUAAGAGUCUAAGUUUCUGUUUUUCUUUAGAAUGUAUCAUGUUAUUAACUGUUAUGUGUAAACAU